GUUAUUAUAUUAAUUAUAUUUGUGUGAAUAAUUAUGCAUCAUCCGUAACGUGUAUGUAUAUAAACUGAGAUGCAAAAAAAUUUCUGAAAUAUGUCAAUAAUAUAAAAGAAUUUAAAGCAAUCUUGUCUUCGUUGAGAAAAUGGUAGUAAGGUCUUUGGAUGGACAUCAGAGAGAAUCCCACUCUAACUUUUAAUUUGAUUGUGGUUAUCAUCCAUCUCUUUCCUGUAGUAUUCCUUUUUAUACAACUGAUUUGCCAUUAAACCUGUAUGAUAAAAGAAAUGUAUAUCUGUAAUCUGUCCCUUUUCUCAUCACAAUAAAGUCAAAAUAGAAGAACACACCAAGGAAAUUGCUGAACAGCGAACAGCAUUAAAGGUAUCAUUUAAGUGGAGGGAAUGGUUGGUUUUUCACAAGAAAGUCACAGGAAUGGCUUCCCCUUCUUCUGCUUCUCAUUCUACCCACAAAUGGAAGUAUGAUGUUUUCUUGAGCUUCAGAGGCGCAGACACUCGCCAAAAUUUCACCAGCCACCUGCACUUUGCUUUGUGUCGCAAAUCGAUUAGAACCUUCAUCGAUGACGAACUUAGUAGAGGUGAACAAAUCACACCUGCACUUCUGGAAGUGGUUGAAGAGUCGAGGAUUGCAGUAAUUAUUUUCUCGAAAAACUACGGGUCUUCAACAUUCUGCUUAGAUGAAGUUGCUAAGAUAAUUGAAUGCAAUGAAACUCAUCGGCAGACAGUGGUUCCAGUAUUCUACCACGUUGAUCCAUUAGAUGUAGAGAAUCAAACUGGGAGUUUCGAGACAGCUUUUGCUAAACAUGAGAUUCACAACUUUGACAGAGUGCAGAGGUGGAAGGCUGCGUUGUCCAAAGCAGCCAGUAUGGCCGGAUGGGACUCCAAAGUUAUCAGGAUGGAGUCGCAACUUGUAGAAAACAUUGUUCGGGAUAUUUUAGAAAAAUUGAAACAAGCAUAUCCAUGUGAUUUGGAGGGGCUCGUGGGAAUAAAAUCACGCAUUGGUGAAAUCAAGGCAUUAUUAUUUGCAGAGAACCAGAAAUCAAAUUCCAUCCGUGCUUCGAUAUCCACCAAGCCAUUAGAUGUCCGCGUUCUAGGAAUUUGGGGGAUGGGAGGCAUAGGUAAAACAACCCUUGCUAAAGCUGUUUUUAGUGAUAUUGCAUGCCAGUUUGAAGGACGAUGCUUUCUUCCAAGUGUCAGGAAAUUUUUUGAAAAAGAUGACGGUUACUAUAUAAUAAAGGAGCUUCUUUCUCAAAUAUCAAGAGAAAGUGAUGUGAAGAUUAGCAAAACUGAUAUUCUAUGCUCUCCUUUUGUUAAAAGAAUGCUUAACAGAAAUGUUUUGGUUAUUAUUGAUGAUGUCAACAGUCCACAACAAUUAGAUUUCUUUGCUGAAAAUCGUAAUUGGUUUGGUACUGGAAGUAGAAUAAUUGUAACAAGCAGAGACAGACAAAUCCUUUUAGGAAGUGCUGAUGAUAUAUAUGAAAUUAAGAAAUUAGGUUACAACGAAGCUCAGCAACUUUUUAGUCAGAAUGCCUUCAAGAAAACCUUUCCCCCAGAAGGUCUUAUUGCUCUGUCGCAUUCGUAUAUACAAUAUGCUAAUGGCAUUCCUUUGGCUCUUAAGGUUUUGGGUUCCAAUUUAUUUGGCAGGACUGAGAGGAAAUGGAAGAGUACAUUGGAAAAAUUGCGACAAGCUCCUAAUAAAGAUGUUCUAAACAUUUUAAAGGUCAGUUAUGAUGGCCUUGACAAGGAAGAAAAGGAAAUUUUCCUUCAUGUUGUAAGUUUCUUUAGCCGCAAGAAGAAGAUAGAUGAAGUGACACAAAUACUAGAUGGCUGUGGCUUCUCCACAGAGGUUGUAUUAUGUGAUCUCGUUGAUAAAUCGCUUAUAACUAUCUCAGACAAUACGAUCGCAAUACAUGAUUUGUUGCACGCAAUGGGAAUGGAGAUUGUUCGCCAAGAAUCAACAGAGCCAGGCGAAUGGAGCAGAUUAUGGGAUCAUGAAGAUAUCCUUCGUGUGCUCACAAGAAAUGCUGGAACCGAGGCAAUUGAAGCUAUAUUCCUCGACAUGUCUAAAAUCGAUGAGAUUAUUGACUUAAAUCCAAACGUCUUCGCAAGAAUGUCUAAUCUCAAAUUGCUCAGAUUCUAUGAUCCCAAUUUUGAUUCCAGGGAGUUGAAAGAUAUUAAAGUUCGCCUUUCACGAGGUCUAGAUUCUCUCUCCAGUAAGCUGCAAUAUCUGUAUUGGAAUGGGUACCCAUCAAAAACUUUGCCAGCCAAUUUCCACCCAAAGGACCUUGUUGAGCUUCAUUUGCCCAGUAGCAAAUUAAAACGACUGCCAUGGAAAAACAUGGAUCUUAAGAAGUUAAAAGAGAUUGAUCUGAGUUGGUCCUCUCGCCUUACCACAGUUCCAGAGCUGUCACGAGCUACAAAUCUCACUUGCAUAAAUCUGUCGGACAGCAAAAGGAUAAGGAGAUUCCCAAGUACCAUCGGUUUAGACUCUCUUGAGACUCUUAAUCUCUCUGACUGCGUGAAACUUGAGAGAUUUCCUGACGUUUCCAGGAGCAUACGAUUCCUCUAUCUGUAUGGGACGGCUAUAGAAGAAGUGCCCUCAUCUGUUGGGUGCCUCAGCAGACUAGUAUCCUUGAACUUGUUCGACUGCACUAAGCUCAAGAGUCUUCCAACAAGCAUCUGCAAGAUAAAAUCACUUGAAUUGCUUUGUUUAUCUGGCUGCACAAAUCUAAAGCAUUUUCCAGAAAUCUCGGAGACCAUGGAUUGUCUAGUGGAGCUUUAUCUAGAUGGAACGGCCAUUGCAGAUCUACCCCUGUCCGUUGAAAAUCUAAAACGACUCUCUUCUCUAUCUUUGAGCAAUUGCAGAAACCUUGUUUGUCUUCCAGAAAGCAUCUCUAAGUUGAAACAUCUUUCCAGUCUUGAUUUCUCUGAUUGCCCAAAGCUUGAAAAGUUGCCAGAGGAACUAAUAGUUUCUUUGGAGUUGAUAGCACGUGGCUGCCAUUUAUCAAAAUUAGCUUCUGACCUAAGUGGUUUAUCUUGUCUAUCAUUCUUAGAUUUGAGUAAGACCAAAUUUGAGACGCUACCGCCAAGCAUCAAACAACUCUCUCAACUGAUAACUCUUGAUAUAAGUUUCUGUGAUAGGCUGGAAUCGUUGCCGGAUCUUUCGCUCUCUCUACAAUUUAUGUAUGCACAAGACUGCACAUCAUUGACAAGUGUUUGUGGCCUUAAAUAACUCUUUGAGCUGAAAUACAUCGUUUUUGUUAAUUGCUUCAAAUUGAAUUUCAGCAGAUGGACUAAGUUUCUACGUUCAUUGUUCAUACUUCCCAGUGACUUUGGCCAUUUUGUGAGUUAAUUUUUCCCUUACAUUUUCAUCGUUUACUUGUUGAAAAUCACUUCUUAACACUUUUUGUUGUUGUGGAAACCUUACAAGGUCUGGUAUCCUGGGAAAGUUAUUCCAGAGUGGAUAAGAUAUAAACGUAUGGGAAAUUCAAUCCGUAUCCCUUGGCGUACACAUUGGAAGAACGAUAGAUUAUUAGGGUUUUACUGUAUCCGUUGUCCUUCCCUUUCCGGAUAAUUGUAAUACCCCUUUUUAUAUUAAAAAUUCUUAUAGUGGUUGCUGUACUCGUAGUCAAGCCAUAUAUGCUCGCGCAGAGCAUGUGGCCCUGUUUUAUAGGCCUUUUUACUGCAAUGAACUCGCAUACAAUGGCUUCAGCGUCAUCAAACAGUAUGAGGAGAACUUGGGCUCAAUUGAAUUCGUCCUUGCAUUUGAAAAUAAUUGGAAGAUAAGAAGGUGGGGAGUUCAUCCAGUGUAUGUCAGUGAAGGAGGAUCCAUUCCAUCGAACUUGGGAAUGAAAUGGAGGACGGACCGCAUCGAAGAAGAUGCUACUGGCAAUAGCUACUGGUCUUAUAAUGAGGAGCCAUCGUCUAAAAGAUUGAAACAAAUGCUAAGCAUGAAGCAUGUGUAACAGAACUCCAACUUUGAGUUUUUCCAUUGUGAGUUUGCGAGUGAAUUGCAUGUAUAAAAAUGUUGUCAGUAAAUUUCAUUAAUUAAUACUCAAAUAAUAAAAUUUGAGUAACAAAUAGUAAAUUGUCCAAAAAAGUUGUGUUCUUUUCGUGUUUUAUAACUCAUAUCACAACACAAUAAUUUAAGGUUCAAGACAAAAUCAAGAUCGAUUUUGCCAUCUCUAAUUAAGUGCAUGUUAUGCAAUAAUGUGAGCAUGUAAAUAUUUAACAAACCUAUGAAAUAAAAAUUCAUUUAAAUUACAUAUUAUGUUAUGCUUCAUUAGGUAUAGUCUACUUCCAAACAUAUAAUUAUUAAGUGUUUACUAGAAUGUAUAUGAAAAAUAUGAGGAGUUUGGAAAAAAUUUAUUAGAGAUCUUAGGCUACUUAAAAAAUAAAAUAAAAAAUACAAACAAUUUGUAAGCCCUAAAACUCAACCAACUAAGAGCGGAAGAUGCCAAAAUAUAAACAACAAAGAUAAUGUUGCAACUCAAAUUUGAAGCAACUCAUAAACCCUCUCCCCAGAUGGCUGUAAAUGCGGAAAUGAAAUAGAACUUAGCUGGGUUUGAGCUA